AUGUCGCAGCCCACCGUUCGCCUCCGACAGGGAACAUAUCGCGGCAAGACACUGAAUGAGGAGCCAAAUCAUGCCCACUUACCGCAGACCAUUGAGGCUUUCCUCGGCCUGCCCUACGCCAAGAUCCCCGGCCGGUUUCGCGACGCCGAUGCGCCACCUUGCAGCGAAGCGACAUUUGAUGCCGUCAAGUACGGCCCCGUGUGUCCCAGUAUCUUGAGCGAGAUGGAUCUCGCCGAAGGAUGGGCCGUGGAGGAAGAUUGUCUCAGCGCGAACGUCUUCCGGCCGGCGGGGCUCAACGAGGGCGACGCGGUGCCGGUGGUUGUGUACGUACACGGCGGCACAUUCAACAUGGGCAAAGGGGGUGAUCGGGACAUGGCGAGCUUCGUAGCCUAUGCCCGAGGACCCAUCGUCGCCGUCAGCUUCAACUACAGGGUCGGGCCGCUGGGGUUCCUGCCGUCGUCUGCUAUGGAGGAGGAGGGCCUGUUGAAUCUGGGGUUGAGGGACCAGAGGGUUCUGCUGAGAUGGGUCAGGGAUAACGUUGCGGCAUUUGGAGGAGACGGCGAGAAGGUGACGCUCAUGGGCGUCAGCGCUGGAGCACACUCGAUUGGACACCACCUCCUCACCCCUGACCCUGACAGUGGCCCUUCUGCCUCGGCCCCCUCCUACCGAGCAUUCUCGAAUCCGGCGCGGCCACGGCCCGCUCCACGGGACAGCCCGACGGGCGCCCCUGGCGGCGGUGCGCACGCUGCGGCGUCGGGCCAUGAUGCUGGCGAUGGUCCUGGUGGUGGUUCUGGUUCUGGUUCUGGUUCUGGUUCUGGUCCUGGUCCUGCCGCUGCCGGGGAUGACGUCUCGUGGUCGAGAUUUAUGCCCCCUUUCGACGGUGAUCGGCAGGCGUCGGCCGUGAAGGAUUUCGACCUGGCCGUCGGCAGGAUCCUCGUGUUUGGCGGGGGAAAUGAUGAGCGUGCCGGUGGCGCGAACCCGGGGACCGUCGCGCGCAUGCGGCCGCUCACAGCCCGCGAGAUACGUCAGUGUCGCUUCUGGUGGCAGCGCGCCCAUCUUGGCCAAGGGACGGGGGAGGCGAGGGCGGCGGCAGGGCGGCUAAGCGAUGCCAUAGAGACGCCCUCCACAUAG